AUGUCACAGGGAUUAUCACAUAUCGUGUUAAGGGCAACUACACCCGAAGACUUUGAACGCACCAAACAAUUCUAUACAGCUUUUGGAUUUGAACAAAUCCUUGACCAAGAGGACCGCACAGCUGUUUCAACAAGUGAACGUCGAGUAUGGCUCAAGCUCAGUGCAGCUUCCAGCUCCUUGACCAGUGAGCUUACCAUUAAGCUUGCUUUAUCCCCUUCUGCCAUGCGUCAAGAACAACUUCCUGAUGAGAUUGAUUGGGCUUUGAAAGAAUACAGCGUCGUAUUGAAUACGAGUGACCUGAGCAACAUCAAAACCAAGCUUGAAACCAUUGGUGCUCCUUAUCAAACAAAGCCAAGCAAGAUCUAUGCACUCGAUCCUUUGCACAAUGUCGUCGUCUUCAGUGACAAGCCUGUCAUUCAAAGCUUACUCGGCCAAGAACACUUGCGCAAUGACGACGAUGUACCCGAUUCCAUAAAGGAGGUGUCACAAGCAGUUAAACGCUCUCGCAAGAUUGGUGUCUUGACUUCAGGUGGUGAUGCUCCUGGUAUGAAUGCAGCUGUACGUGGUGUUGUUCGCUAUGGUAUUUCCAAAGGAUGCGAAGUGUAUGGUAUCUAUGAAGGCUAUCAAGGUUUGGUUGAUGGUGGCAAAUGCAUUCGCAAGAUGGAUUGGAAGAGUGUGCGUGGAUUUUUGGGCGUGGGUGGCACUUCUAUUGGUACAGCUCGUUGCAUGCCUUUCAAGACACGUGAAGGUCGUCUCCAAGCAGCUGAGAAUCUCGUCAAAAGAGGCAUUGACUCUUUGAUCGUGUGUGGUGGUGAUGGCUCGUUGACGGGUGCUGAUGUCUUUCGUUCCGAAUGGGGUGGUCUUGUGGAAGAGCUCAAGUCACUUGAGCGUAUCACUGAAGAAGAAGCUGAUACCUACAAGCAUUUGACCAUUGUUGGUUUAGUGGGAUCGAUUGAUAAUGACAUGUCAAGCACUGAUAUUACGAUUGGCGCUGUGACGUCUUUGCACCGUAUUUGUGAGAGUGUGGAUUCGAUCAACACCACAGCCAUGUCGCAUUCGCGUGCAUUCGUUAUUGAAGUGAUGGGACGUCAUUGUGGUUGGCUGGCUUUGAUGGCGGGUAUUGCCACAGGUGCUGAUUUUGUAUUCAUUCCCGAGCGGCCCCCUCCGGAAGAUGACUGGGAGACCGUUUUGUGUAAUGUAGCACAACGUCAUCGACAAAUGGGCAAGCGCAUUACAGUCGUCAUUGUUGCCGAAGGUGCUAUCGAUAAAUCACUCAACCCAAUCAAGGCGGAGCAUGUCAAGGAUAUUCUUGCUGAUCGUCUUCAUCUCGACACUCGUGUUACAACCCUUGGUCACACUCAACGUGGUGGUUCACCUGCAGCUUUUGAUCGUAUCCUCGCAACCAUUCAAUCCGUUGAAGCUGUUGAAGCUGUUUUACGCUCUACACCUGAUACCCCAUCUCCUCUUAUUGGCAUGAGCUGCAACAAGGUCACCAGUGGUCCCCUUAUGAAGGCUGUUGAACUCACCCACGAAGUCGCCAAGGCUAUCAGUGAAAAGAAUUUUGCACGUGCUAUGGAAUUACGGGAUCCUCAAUUUGCUGAAGAAUUCGAAGCAUACAAUGCUAGCACCAUCCUUGAUGAUAUGUCUCGCCGUUUACCAGAACAUCAACGUAUGACUAUUGCCAUUCUUCAUGUGGGUGCACCUGCUGGUGGUAUGAAUGCAGCUACUCGUACAGCUGUUCGUUGUGCUUUGAAUCGUGGUCAUCGUCCUUUGGUUGUGUAUAACGGCUUCCCUGGUUUGGUGCGUGGCUCUAUCGAGGAAUUGUCAUGGAUCAGUGUGGAUGGAUGGACAUCGUAUGGUGGAUCAGAACUUGGAACCAAUCGUGAUGUACCUGGUAUCCAUGUGGAUAUGGGUAUGGUGGCAUAUCAAGUACAACGACACAACAUCCAAGGUCUCAUGUUGGUGGGUGGUUUCGAAGCCUACACUGCUUUGACCAAGUUGGAGGAAGCUCGUGAAAAGUAUCCUUCAUUGUGCAUCCCUGUGUGCCACAUUCCUGCUACUGUUUCCAACAAUGUACCUGGCACUGAUUAUUCCCUUGGCUCUGAUACAUCCCUUAACGCCAUCGUUGAAUCAUGUGAUGCUAUUGUUCAAUCAGCACGCUCUUCUCGUCGACGUGUCUUUGUUGUCGAAGUACAAGGUGGCAAAUCGGGUUACUUGGCUGUGGAAGCUGGUCUUGCUACUGGUGCAAACACAAUUUACAUUCCUGAAGAAGGCAUCUCUCUUUCACGAUUGCAAGCGGAUGUCCAUCACCUUAUGAACUUGUACCUUGAUGAUGAUCCUGACAAAUCUGAAGGCCGUAUUAUUUUGCGUACUGAAGGCGUCAGCGAUACCUACACCAAUGAUGUUAUCAGCAAUAUCUUGAAGGAUGAAGGCCAUCAGCUCUUUGAUUCUCGUACUGCAGUGUUAGGCCACAUCCAGCAAGGUGGUACUCCUUCGCCUAUGGAUCGUAUUCGUGCUACACGUCUUGCCAUGCGUGCUAUUGAAUUUAUUGAAUUGCAUUCUCUUGAAGCUCUUGACAAGGCUAAAGCUGAAGGACGGGAUGUACCGGUUGAGAUUACCAAGAGCAGUGAUUCAAUUGCUGUUGUGGGUAUUUCAGGUGUCGAUGUCACUUAUCGUUCUGUCAAGGAGCUUAAGCCCGUUACCGACAUGAAGAAUCGUAAACCUCGUGGUGCAUGGUGGUACGAACAUAGACCAUUAGUGGAUUUGCUUAGUGGUCGAGGAUUAUUCACUUCCCAGGCACAAAACGUUCUCCAUAAGCAUUAA